CUCGCCGCCCGGCCGGCGCCAUCUUCCUCCCGCCCUCGCUCGCGCCUCCCUCCCAAUUUUAGAAACCCACAUCCACAUGCCCAGGCGCCAUCUCCGCCAUGAGCGAGAGGAGGAGAGGUGACCUCCUCCUGCAUGCCCCCAGACACGCCUCCCUCCCUCGCUUGGUCCCCGUCCACCCGCCAUGGCCCGUCCACGGCGGCAGGUGCCCGGCGGCCUCGCCGCCCUCCUCCUCCUCUCCGCGGUGGUCGCCGUCGCGGCGGCCAAGACCGACCGGGCCGACGUGGAGGCGCUGAACGUGCUCUUCACCAGCAUGCACAAGCCGUCCAAGCUGGACAACUGGAAGGCGGACGGCGGCGACCCCUGCGACGACGACGACGGCUGGAGAGGGGUCGACUGCAGCGACAAUUCCGUCACCAAAAUUGACCUGUCAGGGCUCGACCUCACCGGCAACCUCGGCUUCCAGCUGUCCAGCCUCAAAUCGGUAACCAAAUUCGAUGUGAGCGACAACAAGCUCAGCGGCGAGAUCCCCUACUCGCUCCCACCCAACCUGGUUCAGCUAAACCUGCAAGGGAAUGCGUUUACCGGCGGGAUUCCCUAUUCGGUAUCUCAGAUGUCUGAUCUAGAGACACUAAACGUCGGAAGCAAUCACUUAAACGGGCAGUUAACGGACAUGUUUACGCAACUUCCAAAGCUCUCGACAAUGGAUCUCUCUGACAACCGCCUCUCCGGUAACCUGCCCCAGAGUUUCCAGCACCUCACAGGCCUCAAGACACUGAACUUGGAGAGCAACCAGUUCACUGGCGAUGUCGACGUUCUGGCCAAACUUUCUUCUCUGGAGGAUCUGAAUCUGCAGAACAACAAGUUCACCGGGUGGAUUCCAAGUAAACUGAAAAAAAUCGACAGCCUCAAGACUGGUGGGAACCAGUGGUCAUCCGGGUCGGCUCCUCCUGGCAUGGAGAAGGGGUCUUCGGCGGGAGCCUCAUCGAGCAAAGAGAGUGACGUCGGGGUCAACGGUUUCUUUAUCGGAGCAAUGGUCAUAGCUGUGCUCCUUGCAGCUGUUAUUCUCUUGACAGUGUUACAGAUGAAGCGAUCCUCUCCCGUCUCGUCUCAUUACUACAUGGACGAGUCAGGCCAUUCUUCAAUAAUCAGCAUGAAGCCGCUGGAGAAAUCGACGUCGAUUGACAGUGUAACACUGCCUUCUGUGCCUUACAAGACGAUGAACGACAACAAGUUUAACAUGCUAAACAAUUCUAGGCGGAUCUUGGAACCGAUCAGCCUGGUGACCUACUCAUCGUCAGAGCUACAAGCGGCCACUGGCAACUGGCACAGUAGCAGGAUAAUAGGCCAGGGAAUGGUCGGUCGGGUUUACAAGGCGAAAUAUGCCAACGGACAGGUGCUGGCUAUCAAGAAGUUUGAUCCGCUGAGCUUCUCGGAGAGAAGCGACUUUGUGGAGCUUGUCACCUGCAUUUCCAGGCUGCGCCAACCGAGCAUCUGUGAGAUUGUGGGCUACUGCGCGGAGCCCGGGCACUACAUCAUGGUGUAUGAGCACCAUAUGAACGGGUCCCUCCAUGAGUUCCUGCAUUUGUCAGACGAUUACAGCAAGCCUCUCACCUGGGAUACCCGCGUUCGGAUCGCUCUCGGUACAGCUCAGGCUCUGGAGUACCUGCAUGAAAUCUGCUCGCCUCGGAUCAUCCACAAGAACAUAAAGUCAUCCAAUGUCUUGCUCGACGCCGACCUCAACCCUCACCUCUCCGACUGCGGCCUCGCAUUCUUCUACGAGGAUCCAAACGAGAGCUUGGGGCCAGGGUACAGUCCCCCGGAGUGCACAAGGCCAUCGGGUUACACGAUGAAGAGCGACGUGUACAGCUUUGGUGUGGUCAUGCUCGAGCUAUUAACCGGCCGGAAGGCCUACGAUAGCUCAAAGCCGAUAAAUGAGCAGUCCUUGGUCAAGUUUGUGACGCCGCAGCUCCACGACAGUGACGCCCUGGGAUCGGUGGCAGACCCGGCCCUGCGCGGCCUGUACCCACCCAAGGCGCUGUCCCGCUUCGCCGACGUGAUCGCCCGCUGCACCCAGUCUGACCCGCAGCUCCGGCCGCGCAUGUCGGAGGUGUCGCAGGAGCUCACCAGCUGCGUCCAGCGCAGCGCCAGCAGCAGGAGGGGUGGCUUCCUCUACAGCGCGUCGAUGCGCAGCGACGUCUCGGAUUGGUGAUGCCCGUCCAUCUGAACAUACUUACUAGAACAGCGUAUGAGGGUAAGCAACACUGGUUAAGCUAGACAAUGUAAAAAGUGAGUGUAUGUGAGUGUGGGUGCUGCAUUUUUCUACUGUAGUGAAAUGUGU